UUUAGUAUUUGAUAAACUGUGACCGGCUCAUAUAGUCACUUUGUUAUAAAUUUUGAAUUAUAAAUUAUAAAUUGCAAAUUAAAUUUUGAAUCAUGUGAACAACUGAUCAUGUGAUGUGAUGUGAUGUCAAUUGUGAAACCAUACUUCAUGCACAUUUUCGUGAUUCUUUCCCGAAUAUUUUACAUAAUCGAGGGCUUUUAGAAGACCUUAGAAGGUAGGUAAAGCUUUGCUGUUUUUAAUUUACCUUAUAUUCUGUUAUCUGUUGUGAUUUUGGAGCCUUUGUGCUCGCACUGAUUAUUUAUCAGGCGUUAUUAUAUAGCGUGAAAGGCCACGCUAUCAAAAUACUCAAUUUUAUACUCAGACUGAAACGGAGCCAUUGUGCUCGCACUGAUUAUUUAUCAGGGCGCUAUUAGCGUGAAAGGCCACGCUCUCAAAAUAUUCAAAUUGAAACGGAGCCAUUGUGCUCGCACUGAUUAUUUAUCAGGCGCUAUUUGCGUGAAAGGCCACGCACUCAAAUUGAACCUUGCCAUUGUGCAGGUAAAAAAAGCAGCCCAUUGCCAUUGUGCUGGGAUUAUUGAGACUUUGCCAUUGUGCAAUUUUAAAAGAAUUACAAAUACAAACUGUCAAAGACAAUACUGAAAAUACACAGUACUGUACACUACUUACUGACAAUUACUGUAACGAAACUAUUUUAUUCCAAACAGUGAGAAUAUAGAAAUAUGGGUGUGUCAAUUGAGAUAUACAGACUAAGAAUUAGUUCACAUAACAACUUUGUGCAAGCACGACAGUCCAUGAAUCAAAUGAAAGGUAAAUUUUGGAACCAUAUGUUAGUAAUGUUCUACUUAGAAAUAUUUUAUUUACCAUGCUUGAAAAAUAUAGUUACCAGGAUUGAAAAUAAUAAUGAAGUUUGCAUGUGGUAUACACAAAUGGUAUCUUAUCAUGUUUAUGUACCAUUGCUAUUGAGGCUUGCAAAUGAUGUAGAGGAAAAUCCAGGCCCAAUUAAUAUCUAUGAUAUUGUUGAUCAUAGUUUUACGGUUCGAGCAGACUUCAACCAAGGUAAUAUAUCCAUGUUUGGAAUAAAUGCUGGAAAACAAUGUGUUGCCAUGUCAAUUUAUGCUAUUGUAUACAAUGAAAUAAAAUCUGUUAAUAUUUGGGAUACACCACUUAUGAACAUGCUUCUAGUUAAUGCAAACAAUCUUUAUGCCAUAAUUAGUCAGCACAUUCAGAAAGAUUUCUUAUUGCUCACUGAUGUUCCUGAAAUAUUGUCUAUCAACAAUGAUACUUUUAAUUUGGAGUACAGUGACUCUUUUUCUGGAGCAUUAUGGAUGGAAUACUUACUAUUGCAGCAAACACUAUUGCAGUUUUAAUGCCUUUCCCAGAUGUAUUUAAUGUUUUUGAUUCUCAUUCGCGAGAUAUGCAUGGAAUGCCAGCAGCAAUGGGUUAUAGUGCUUUAGUUUCUAUUGAAGGAAUUCAAAACCUUAUAAAAUUUUUUCAUAAAAGUUGUAACUGUCCUGGACAAAAUAGCGAAAAUAGUCCAUUUGAAUUGAAGGGUGUUAAAUGUCAUAGAAACAUUUCAUUGUCAAACAGUUUGGAUAACAUAGCGAAUGACGACACAACAUCAAAUAACAAUGAACAACUAACAAAACAACAAGAGUCUGUUAUAGAAAGAGAAAACAGACUUGCAAAGCUAAGAGAGAAGCAAAGAGAGAAAAGACAACAAGCAAAACAAAAAGAGUCUGUUACAGAGAGAGAGAAUAGACUUGCAAAGCAAAGAGAGAAAAGAAAACACAAAACUGUUUCAGAGAGGGAAAAUAGACUUGCAAAGCAAGGAGAGAAAAGAAAACAGGCAAAACAACAGGAAACUGUUACAGAGAGAGAGAAUAGACUUGCAAAGCAAAGAGAGAAAAGAAAACAAGAAACUGUUUCAGAGAGGGAAAAUAGACUUGCAAAGCAAGGAGAGAAAAGAAAACAGGCAAAACAACAGGAAACUGUUACAGAGAGAGAGAAUAGACUUGCAAAGAAAAGAGAGAAAAGAAAACAAGAAACUGUUUCAGAGAGGGAAAAUAGACUUGCAAAGCAAGGAGAGAAACGAAAACAGGCAAAACAACAAGAAACUGUUACAGAGAGAGAGAAUAGACUUGCAAAGAAAAGAGAGAAAAGAAAACAAGAAACUGUUUCAGAGAGGGAAAAUAGACUUGCAAAGCAAGGAGAGAAACGAAAACAGGCAAAACAACAAGAAACUGUUACAGAGAGAGAGAAUAGACUUGCAAAGCAAGGAGAGAAAAGAAAACAAGAAACUGUUUCAGAGAGGGAAAAUAGACUUGCAAAGCAAAGAGAGAAAAGAAAACAAGAAACUGUUUCACAUAGGGAAAAUAGACUUGCAAAGCAAGGAGCGAAAAGGAAACAGGUACCAGAGAGAGAGAAUAGACUUGCAAAGCAAAGACAGAAAAGAAAACAGGUAAAAGAACAAGAAACUGUUUCAGAGAGGGAAAAUAGGCUUCAAAACCAGCGAAAAGCAAGAAGGUUGAAAAGGCAAAACGAAACUGUCGAACAAAGAGAGCAAAGAUUAGCAAAAGUAAGCUAAUUAUAAGGAAAAUAAAAGUGGACGUUCUGGAAAAAAACAAACAAUGUCCUCCAUCAGGUUCUCGAGGUCAUCUCAAUAAUGAUAACGGUUUAUAAUAUAGCAUUUGUAAAUUCUGAACGCUGAUUGGCUAAGAGCCGUGUUGAUAUAACUCAACUCGGGUUGUCAGGUUGGGAGUUUGGCUGGGGCGGCACAACUGUCAAAUGAUAACGCAGGUGUUCUAAGGUGAGCUCAAUAAGAACGGAAAUCUCAUGUAGAACAAAAGGGUACAAGCUCACUUGAUUUUGAUUUUCAGUAUGAAUACAAACUGUGAAAGCAUGGCCUAUCGAUCCCUUAGUCUUUACGAGUUUUAAGCUAGGGGUGUCAGAAAAGUUACCUCACGGAUUCUGAUUUAGAGGCGUUCAAUCAUAAUCCAACAGUUAACUCGGGAAAUUUUCCGCCGCUUGUAAACACGGAAAUUUUUCUUAUCCUUCGGGCUUUUGACAUUGCUAUAUUAUAAAAAAAUAUAAAACAUUCUUUCCGUGUUGAUAUAUAGUUAUAUCAACACUCGUGGAAGUUGGGAAAACUCGAAAUUGUAUGAAAACACUCCGCCCUUCGGGCGUCGUGUCUCCAUACAAUUUCUCGUUUUCCCAAUUCCACUCGUGUUGAUAUAACUGUAUAUCAACACGGAAAAUGUUUUAUAUUUGUUAAAUAUCACAUAAUAGUGUAUCACAAUUGAUACAUAAAUUCCAUAAAUCUGUAUCAACAGGUCCUCUGUAUAUAUGUUCAUGCUGUGAUCAAUUAUGGUAUAAGCACAGUGUUUGUCCGGCGGGGAGGCUUCGAUUGCGCAAUCCAAAUUCUACUAAACAUCUACAAGGCAUUAAAAGUGUGGAUAAUAUUGAAUGGCUGUGUUUGACAUGUGACAAACAUCUUAAAAAGGAUAAAGUGCCACCAUCUGCAGUUUCAAAUGGCUUGAAGUUUCCAGAAAAACCUGACUUCUUUGAUUUAAAUGAAUUAGAAUGCAGGCUUAUAGCUCCAAGAUUGGCAUUUCAAAAAAUAAUGCAAGCUCCGAGAGGUCGGCAACUUAAAAUUGCUGGUAAUGUUGUGAAUGUACCAGCAGACAUAUGUAAUACCGUUAACAUGCUACCCAGGUUACCACAAGAUACUGGGACUAUUAAAGUUCAAUUAAAACGUCGACUGCAAUAUAAGAGUUCUGCCUUGUCUUUGAAUGUGAGACCUAAUAAAGUGAUGCAAGCUGCAGCUUGGUUGGUAAAUACUAGUGAACUAUAUCGAGAACAAGGAAUAACUUUUGAUCAGCAUUGGUUAUCAUACUUUGAUGUUCCAACACCUAAUAAUAGUGUCAAUGAAAAUACUACAGUUGAUCAAACUAAUUCAGCAUCUUCAGAAGAUGAAUGGAGUGAAGAUGAAGCAGAAAUUCCUGCAGGUGUAACAGACAGUAUGCUUACACCUACUGAUUUUGUAGAUGAUACUGAAAGACAGCAUAUAUACAAUGUUGCACCUGGUGAAGGUAGUAGACCACUCAGUAUAUUUACAAAUCAGUAUUCAGAGGAACUAGCUUAUCCAGGAAUAUUCUUAGGUCAAAAGCGGCCUGAUGAGAAGCAAAGAUUGACCCGUGUUUAUUACAGUGAAAUAUGUAAAUCAGAACUUAGACGGUCUGAUCGAAGAGCUGCAAUAUGUAUUGAGAACAUAUUUUUUAAAACUAAGAACAUGCAGAUGAAAUUAUUGCUGGUGCAAUCGCAGCUUGCUAUUCGCAAGCGUAAAAUGGGAAACAGAACACUUACUGCUGGUGAUUUGAAAACGCCAGAAGGUUUAACAAAUCUCAUUUGCCAUGAUGAAGGAUACAAAUUUUUAAGAGCUUUGAGAGGUUCCCCACCUUACUUUGAAAUAGCAAAAAAGGAUUUGUUUGCUAUGAAUCGGCAGUUAGGACCUGCAUCAUUAUUUUGUAGUUUUUCAUCUGCUGAAACAAAAUGGAAUCAUUUACUAAGAAUCCUUGGUAAGCUUGUUGAUCACAAAGACUAUAGUGAUGAACAAUUAGAUAAUUUAAAUUGGGAUGAAAAGUGUAGACUAAUUCAAAGUGACCCAGUAACUUGUGCAAGACAUUUUGAUUACCAAUUUAAUACUUUCUUAAAAGAUUUUUUAAUGAGUGAAAUUGCCCCAUUAGGGAAACUGAAAGAUUGGUUUUACAGGGUUGAAUACCAACAGAGAGGCUCGCCUCACAUCCAUAUGCUCAUAUGGCUUGAAAAUGCACCUGUAUUUGGUGUUGAUAAAGAUGAAGAUGUAGUAAAUUUCAUUGACCAAAUAAUAACUUGUAGAAAGCCAGAUAAUGACACUGAAUUAUUUGAUCUUGUAAACAGACAAACUCAUAGACAUUCUCACACAUGCCGAAAAAACUCCAAAAAAGUUUGUAGAUUCAAUUAUCCUCAGCCACCCAUGAGAUCAACACAGAUACUUUAUCCACUUGAUGACAAUGCUUCUGAAACUGUCAUAAGAGCCAGAAAAGAGUUGUGGAAAAAUAUUAAGAAUAAACUAAAUGAUUUAAAAGAGGGAGAAGACGUAACAUUUGAUCACCUUCUAAAAGAACUAGAUGUUUCAGAAUAUCAAUAUAUUCUUGCAAUUCGGUCAUCACUAAAUUGUCCAACAAUAUUUCUAAAAAGAAGUCCCAAUGAAUUAAGGAUUAAUAAUUAUAAUCCUGCUUGCCUCCAAGCAUGGAGAGCGAACAUGGACAUUCAAUUUGUGCUGGAUGUAUAUGCCUGUGCAAUGUACAUUGUUUCCUAUAUUUCGAAGGCUCAAAAAGGAAUGAGUGACUUGUUACGUAACGCAUGUGCUGAAGCUAAGGAAGGUAAUUCCACCAUCAAACAACAGGUUCGUGACAUUGGCAACAAGUUUUUAAACUCUGUUGAAAUAAGUGCACAAGAAGCAGUGUACCUCAUUCUGCAACUUCCCAUGAGAAAAUCUUCUCGAAAUGUUGUAUUCAUUAACACAUCUCCUCCAAGUGAUCGUGUUGAACUAUUGAAACCUCUCAGUGAGAUUGAGAAGAUGUCAGACGAGUCUGAAGAAAUUCACUCUGGUGGACUUCUGAAACGAUAUGUAGAACGACCAGACAGUUUAAAAAAUAUAACAUUAGCUGACUGGGCAGCUUGGUACGACUCAUCUGGGCUGAACAAGUAUAAGAAAUCUGUUAAAAAAUCAGAUAUUGACAACCUUCCUUUGGAAGAUGAAGAUAAUGAUGAUGACCUAGGUGUUCAAAACACUGAAAGUUGUGUUUCAUCUAAAAAGUCUAUCAAAAAAAGAUCACAAGCAAGAAUUAUCCGCAGUGUUUGGUUUAACAAAGAAUCUCAACCAGAAAAACAUUAUCGUGAGUUGAUCAUGCUUUUCACUCCAUGGCGAAAUGAACAGGUCGAUUUAAAGGGAGCUAAUUUACUAGAUUACUAA